AUUUUAUUAUUAUUGUUUAAAAUGUCUUUUGAUAAUAACAUAUCCACCAAAUUUCCUAAGCUUGCACCUAAGGGACCUUCAGGAGAACUUCUUUUAGCACAUGAGCGAACCAAAGGUUCAUUUGACGUUAAUGAGCUUUCCAAGUUUAUGUAUACAGAAGAAUGGCUACAAAAAAUGAAUAAGGUUCUUAAAGUUAUGGAGUCAGAUCCUGCUUUUGAUAAAACAAAUCGUUAUUAUCUUAGCCGUGAAGAGAAAAUUGCUACUUCAUUAAGAAAAGAUAAACGUCUUAUUGAAGUUGUAAAGGAGCAAAAUUGGGAUGAAGUUGACACUCAAAUUGCAAACUUUUUAUAUGAUCAAUCCUCGCCAUUUACUCUUCAUUACAAUAUGUUUGUUCCUACUUUAAAAAAUCAAACUACAGAUGAACAAAAGAAACUUUUCCUCGAGCCUGCAUUAAGACAUGAAUUUAUCGGUUGUUAUGCUCAAACCGAACUUGGUCAUGGCUCUAAUGUUCAAGGUCUUGAGACAACAGCUACUUAUAUUCCUGAGACAAAUGAAUUCGAACUUCAUUCACCUACUUUAACCUCUGCUAAAUGGUGGAUUGGUGGUCUUGGUAAAGCUGCAAAUCAUGCAAUUGUUAUGGCUCGUCUUGUUACAAAUGGUAAAGAUAUGGGUCCUCAUCCUUUCUGUGUUCAAAUUCGUAGUCUUGAAGAUCAUCAUCCACUUCCUGGCAUAACGGUGGGUGAUAUUGGUCCUAAAUUUGGAUUUAAUACUGUUGAUAAUGGUUUCAUUAUGUUUGAUCACUAUCGUAUACCUCAUGUUGCCUUUUUGGCCAAAUAUUCUCAAGUAAAGCCUGGUUCCGGUGAAUACAUAAAACCUCCUAAUGCUAAAUUAUCCUAUGGUACCAUGGUCUUUGUUCGUGCUCACAUUGUGAUGGGUGUGCGCUAUGCUCUUGCCAAGGCAACCACAAUUGCUAUUCGUUAUUCUGCUGUUCGUCAACAAUUUGUAGAUGCAACUAACCCAAAGAAAUGGGACAAUAAAGUGAUUGAGACUCCUGUUCUUGAUUAUACUAUGCAACAAUAUCGAUUAUUACCUGCGAUUGCUGCGGCUUAUGCUUGUUUCUUUACUGGUUGUGAGAUGAUACGUCUUUACAACUUGAAUCAUGAAGCGAUGCAGCAGGGUAACUUUUCACUCUUGGCUGAUCUUCAUGCUAGUUCUUCAGGUCUCAAAAGUUUAACAACGACGAUGGCCAUUGAAGCCAUUGAGGAUUGUCGACGUGCCUGUGGUGGUCAUGGAUAUAGUAUGUUUUCUGGUCUUGGACAAUUCUAUCAAGAUUAUCUUCCUAAUGUCACUUGGGAAGGUGACAACUAUAUCUUGACACAACAAACGGCUCGUUACUUAUUAAAGACAUUCCGUCAUGUGAUUGCUGGUAAAGCUGAAAAAUCAGAAUAUAACCAAACUGUCACUUAUUUGAGUCACUACUUGGAGAAUCCUCAAGCCAAGUGUCCCGCUACUACAUCUGCUGAUUUCUUGAACCCCGAAUUAAUCCUAUCUGCCUUUGGUUUCCGUGCUGCCUAUGGUAUUGCUCAAGUAGCGGAACAAAUUGACCGCCAUGGUCGUUCAUGGAACUCGAUGCUUGUUGAAAUUAAUCGUAUCUCUCGUGCUCAUUGUCAAUAUAUGUUGGUUCGUAACUUUAUUGUAACCCUUCAGGCAGAUGAAUCCCUUUCAAAGAACAAGCCAAUGUUAAGAGUACUUCGUUUACUUUCCAGUUUGUUUGCACUUCAUACCAUGGAAAAGGAACUAUCCGAAUUCCUUGUUUCAGGCUAUCUUCAACCUGAACAAUCUAUAUUAUUGAAACAACAAGUGAUUGAUCUUUUAGAAGCCAUUCGUCCUGAAGCUGUAUCUUUAGUAGAUGCCUUUGCUCUUCCAGACUACUUUUUACAUUCUGCUUUAGGACGUUACGAUGGUAAAGUGUAUGAAGCAAUGACUGAGAUGGCAGAGAGAGAGCCCUUGAAUCAUACAUUAGUCGUAGACGGUUAUGAAGAAUGUAUUAAGCCUUUUGUAAUCAAAGGACUUAAGAAUAAUAAGCCAUUGUUAGAAAACAAUACCACCCAAACUGCCAAGUUGUAAAUACUAGAUUGUAAAUUAUUACAUCCCCCUCUUUCCUCUUUUUUAUAUUUUCUUCCUUCCCUUAGAAGUGUAUAUAUACAAAUAUAUAUGUAUAU